AUGGUGUAUUUAGCAGUGUGCUCCACCAUGUCUCCAGGUGGGAGUGUGGAGCGACAGGCCGCCACUCGCGCUCGUCAGGCCUUCCUCAGUGGGAGAACGCGCCCCCUAGAGUUUAGACUUCAGCAACUACACGCUCUGCUCAAGAUGAUCACAGAGAGAGAGACUGACAUCUGCACCGCGCUGAAGCAGGACCUGAACCGGAGCCAGUUCGACACCGCCCUCCUGGAGCUCACAGGUCUGGAGAACGAGGUCCGUCUGUCCAUCGAGAAGCUGAGUGUGUGGGCGGCUCCUCGCUCUGUGGAACGCUCCGUCCUGACGCUCAGAGACCAGGUCUACGUCCGGCCUCAGCCUCUGGGUCUGGUCCUCAUCAUUGGGGCCUGGAACUACCCCUGGGCCCUCACCCUGGGGCCUCUGGUGGGGGCCAUCGCUGCAGGGAACGCGGCGGUGGUGAAGCCCUCAGAGCUCAGUGAGUGUUCUUCUCUGCUGCUCAGAGCUCUUCUGCCUCGAUACCUGGACAAGGAGCUGUACCCUGUGGUGUGUGGAGGAGUGUCUGAGACCCAGGACUUGCUGAGACUGCGUUGGGACCACAUCUUCUACACGGGCAGCAGCUCUGUGGGACAACUGGUGAUGGAGGCGGCAGCAGCUCACCUCACCCCCGUCACCCUGGAGCUGGGGGGCAAGAGCCCCUGCUACGUCCACCACGACUGCAACCUCAGGGUGGCAGCACGGAGAAUCACGUGGGGGAAGUUUGUGAACUGUGGUCAGACCUGCAUCGCUCCAGACUACGUCCUGUGUGACCCCAGUAUCCAGAACCAGCUGAUCGACUGCAUCAGACUCACGAUGCAGGAGUUUUAUGGAGCAGAUCCAAAGAGUUCUCCAGACUAUGGUCGGAUCAUCAGCCAGAGACACUUCCAGAGGAUCAUGUCUCUGAUGGAGGGGUACACGCCGGUGAUCGGGGGCCAGAGCGACGCCGCCCAGAGAUACAUUGCUCCCACAGUUCUGCGGGACGUCCCGCCUCAGUCCAGACUCAUGAAGGAGGAGAUCUUUGGGCCGGUGCUCCCCCUGGUGGCCGUGAGCGACGUGGACGACGCUAUCCGCUUCAUCAAUGAGAGAGAGAAACCCCUGGCUCUCUACAUCUUCUGCACCGACCCGACUCUCACAGAGAAGAUGUUGGAGCAGACGAGCAGCGGAGGAGUCCUGGUGAACGACGUCCUGAUGCACUACUCUCUGAGCUCACUGCCCUUUGGAGGAGUCGGCCACAGUGGGAUGGGUCAGUACCACGGUCGUCAGUCCUUCGAGCAGCUCAGCCACAUGCGCUCCUACCUGGUGCGCUCUCUGACCAUGGAGAGUGUGAACUUGUCCCGGUAUCCGCCGCAGGACCGGCGCCGCGCCCGCAGAGCCCGGUUGGCCAUGCGUGCGCCCCUGGUGGACCUGUCCCGACGGACCUUCGUGUGGGCCGUUUCUGCCACCGUGGCGGCGGUCGUGCUGGCGGUCGCCCUCCUGGUCAUCCUGCUCAUCGCCGCCGGACUCAAUUGCACUUGCUGGUACUGGAGAGGAAUCUACAACUACUUCUGGUGA